CUUUUUUUGUUUUGAAGUUUGCAUCUCAACCCUUCUAGUCUCUUCUUCACAAUUUUCUUUAAACUCUUCUAGUUAACCUCUCUUGUAACUUGUAUCUUGCCAAGAUGCAAAAGAUUCAAGCCAUGAAAAUAUACAAGAAGAAUCAACUUGAGAGUUUUUUUAUUUACUCUUUAACAGUAUUAACUUGUAGUCUAUUCUGUUCCAGCCCCUUUUGGUUUCCCUCCCUAUGUUCUUCUAUGAAGGUGCUUCUGUUUGUUUCUCUCCCAAAAAUUGGUUUCAUGAUAAUCAGCCCCAAACUUUUGUUCAUAGUGGGCAACCUCAUCGUUGUUAUCCUUAUAAGAGAAUCCAAGUUCUUUGCUUCAGACACUUCUUCAGCAAGCAAGGUGUACUAUGAUGAGUACAUUAACAAGUGCAAGAGUACAUGUACUGGAGCCCAUCAGAAUUUUUCUACUCUUGAAGUGGAAAAAAUUAAAGAGAAAAAACAGGAGAAAUAUUGCUCCGAAAAAAAUGUAGUGUUGGAGAAUAAUGAAAGACAGGAAUUAGAAGGAAAAGUUGACCGUCAGUCCGCUUUCCCUGCAGAGGAAUUGAACAAAAGAGCUGAAGAUUUCAUUGCAAGGGUCAACAGACGAAGAAGGCUCGAAGCUAGACUUUUAAAUUGUGGAUAAUGAUACAGGGAAGAAAGAAUUUCCCGAGUUUGGAAGGAUCUAAAAAAUAAGAUCUUAUAAACAAAUUUGUUCAGAAUUACGUUACAGUAAUAGUUGCUCUUUUAUUUCCACCAGCAAUCAAGUAUAUAUAGUUAGACAAUUGUGGGUUGAGAAGAUUCAUUCCUAGUUUUAUAUUUGUAAUAGUGAUUGCUCUGUAGUUGUGCAUGGUGUAAUUGCUCCCGCCCGUUAU